UAACGCCGCCGAUUUUUCCAAUCUUGCGGAAAAUAUAUUGCCGGAAACUUUUCACGUUAGUUCUCCUAAAUUGGUGUGACGGUGAUUAUACUGAGAGUCUGAGAUCUGCACAUCAUACAGCUUGGAAGACCCGAAAUUGCGUAAUGUUCUUUAUCUGAAAAGAAUUAUUUGCAUUAUAUAAAAGUUUAGAAUUUCUGUAAUACUGUGAUGGAUCAACUUUAAUGGUUGAUUAAAAUUUCAAUUAGUUAACUAGAGAAAGUCAAGAUCGGAGAAACAGACAAACGCCAAACGGAUGAAACUGCAUCGUCCCCGACUGUCCGUGAGCUGUGGCCUGACACUUCGACUUAGCAAGACCGACCUAGAUUCAGGGUCAGACUGUUCAGAACUUCAGUCCAUAGAGAUUUAGCCUUUGAACUUACAAGAAAAGAUCUUGGAAAGUAAUUUUGCUAAUCUUGCUUGUUUCUAUUUCCCUUUUAGUCUUUUAUCUUUAAUAAUGGAUUAUGAUUUCCAAAAAGAAGAAGAUGUUAAGGAGUUUUUGGAGAAGCUUGGAGUUGAAUAUCGUUUCAGCUGUUUCAGUGAAAAGAGACCUGAUAGCUGUCAUCUGCUUGGAGAAUACUUUGAAACUAUCAAGACUGACUAUGAAAAAGCUAUGAAAGUCUUCAAAAAUAAUUGUGAUGAGUACAAGUUUGCAAGGAGCUGUAACCAGUAUGCAACAAUGGCUCUAAGAGGCAGAGGGAGUAAGCAAGCCCGGGAAGAGGCUCCCAAAUAUUACGAAAAAGGCUGUAAUUUUGGCAGCUCACAAGCAUGCACCACCGGAGGAAUUCUUGCUUUGAUGAAUGCAAACAAAAAAGAAGCUAACAACAAACCAUCUCACAUUCAAAAUGCUAAGAAUGGUAUGGAAAUGCUGCUGAGAGGCUGCGACCUGAACAAUCAGCAUGCCUGCUACUAUGCGUCAGCCGUGUACAUAACAGGCAGGGAAGAAUACAACAUUCCUUCUGACAUGGAGAAGGCAUUCAAGUAUGCUGACAGAGGCUGCGAGUUAGGCAGCAUACAUGCGUGCGGUAACCUUUCAAUGAUGUACAAGAAAGGAGAUGGAGUGGCAAAAGAUUUGACUAAAGCAAAAUUUUUUGAAACAAAGGCGCUUGAGAUGCAGGAACAAUUUAGAGAACAAAUUGCCAUGCAACGUGAAAGUAAAUGAAAGAUAACGGCUUUAUUCUAUAAUUUGAGGUAUUUUGUAUAUAGCAGACGUUUACAUUGCAUUUUACAGUUUCUAUGACAUCUGUUAAUUUUCUUAUGUGACAACUUUCGAAAACAUUUUAUUUGGCUUAUGAAAUGAACGAUAUUUGAAGUACAGUUGUCUAUAAAAAUGACUUCAAUUUCCAAAUGUCGGAUAUUAUAAAACAUUUUUGGGCGA